AUGACUCUGUAUGGAUUAUCGGGGCCUAAACAAAUCACUAUGAAGAACAAGUACCCUAUCCCGCUCAUGGAAGACUUGUUCGAUAGGUUGGAUGGUGAAACAGUGUUCACCAAAAUAGACUUGAAGAGAGGUUAUUGGCAAGUCCGAAAUGCUGAAAGAGAUGAGCACAAGAUGACCUGUGGGACAAGAUAUGGGUGGUACGACUUCCUAGUCAUGCCAUUCGGCUUGACUAAUUCUCCAGUUUCAUUUUGCACAUUGAUGAACCAAGUCUUCGGCGAGUACAUUGAUGAGUUUGUGGUAGUCCACUUGGACGACAUUGUGAUAUAUAGCAAAACAUUGGAGGAAUACCUGGAGUACCUGCGGAAGGUCCUAGCCCGACUGCGGGAACAUGAACUAUAUGCAAAGUUGUACAAGUGCGCCUUUUUUCAAAAGUAG